AUGACUAGAAGAAACCAAACUAUCAUCUACCAGUUUCUGCUCCAGGGCCUGCCCAUCCCCCCAGAGCACCACCACCUGUUCUAUGCCCUGCUCCUGGCCAUGUACCUCACCACCGUCCUGGGGAACCUCAUCAUCAUCAUCCUCAUUCUACUGGACUCCCAUCUGCACACACCCAUGUACUUGUUUCUCAGCAAUUUGUCCUUUGCUGAUUUCUGCUUCUCCUCUGUCACAAUGCCCAAAUUGCUGCAGAACCUGCAGAGCCAAGUACCUUCCAUUCCCUAUGCAGGCUGCCUGGCACAGAUAUACUUCUUUCUAUAUUUUGGAGACCUUGGGAACUUCCUCCUUGUGGCCAUGGCCUAUGACCGCUAUGUGGCCAUCUGCUUUCCGCUUCAUUAUACCAACAUCAUGAGCCCCAAACUUUGCAUGAGUCUGGUGGUGCUGUCCUGGGUGCUGACCACAUUCCAUGCCAUGCUGCACACUUUGCUCAUGGCUAGAUUGUCAUUCUGUGAGGACAAUGUGAUCCCUCACUAUUUCUGUGAUAUGUCUACUCUACUUAAAAUGGCUUGUUCUGACACCCAUGAUAAUGAAUUGGCGAUAUUUAUCUUAGGAGGCCCUAUAGUUGUACUCCCUUUCCUUCUCAUCAUUGUUUCCUAUGCAAGAAUUGUUUUCUCCAUCUUCAAGGUCCCUUCUUCUCAAGGAAUCCGUAAGGCCUUUUCUACCUGUGGCUCCCAUCUGUCUGUAGUGUCACUAUUCUAUGGGACAGUCAUUGGUCUCUACUUAUGUCCUUCUGCUAAUAACUCUACUGUGAAGGAAAUUGUCAUGUCUUUGAUGUACACAGUGGUAACUCCCAUGCUGAAUCCCUUCAUCUACAGUCUGAGGAACAGAGACAUGAAGGGAGCAUUAGAAAGAGUAAUUUUCAAAAAGCAAAUUAUCUCCUUCCUAUGA